AUGCCUCCGCAGCAUCAACGUGAUCUGACAAAUGAUGCAACGUACGAUUCAGAUGCGCAGACAAUAGUAGUAUCUGAACCGGAAUCCGAAGCCGAGGAUGAUCAUCAAAAGCGUAGUCCUCCUCGGAAACAUCGACAAGCCAGAUCAAGAAAUAAACUGUCAACUGACAAUGACAUUUCCGAUUCUGAAUCUCAGCGGGGGUCGAAUUCGAAUCAACCGAAAAGAUUGACUUAUGAAGAAUUCCAAAACCGUUCGCGAGCUAUCCAUUCCAAAUACCUCAAAGAAAGAGAAGAGUCCCGAUGGUCAAAUCGAUACGAGUACGGCAGGAGGUUUACAUCCUUCUGGAGGAAAGUGUGGGGAUGGUGGUUCUUAAGAUGGUUCUUACAGAAAUUUCCAUAUUUACUUGCUUUACUGACUAUGAUUGCUGGAGGAUUGAUAGCGUUGACGGGACCAUGGUUGGAGAUGUGGGCGGUGGAAGUGGAUGGGGUAAGGUAUGGAGCUUGGGGGGGAUGUAAAAAUGGAGGAAAAGGACAAUGCUCAACUCAGAUAUUUUACGACGGACCAAAAGUCGGAACCUGGUCCUCUAAAACCAUCUCAGUGGUCUUACUGUGUUUCGGUAUAGUGGCACUCCUUCAAUUGCUCUUCCUCCUUUACACAUUCCUAUUCAUCCGCCACGAUUUCGUCCAAUCAUGUUGCAUAGAUCCCGAAUCUCUCGGCGAUGGCAUGAGAGUGGGGCGGAGGGAGAGACAUGAUGGGAUCUAUCGAUAUGCCUCGCCAUCUCUCCUUUCCUAUGGCUAUUCUUCCGCGUAUUCUACCGAUCCAAAUUUCUAUCUAAAGCUUCCAAGAAUUUGA